AUGCGGCGCCAAUUCCAAUCAGCGCUGCUAUUAGGCCUCUCGGCGCUGGCGGCAGCCAUUUUCAAGGAUGAAGUCGGCCACAUUGACUUCCACCACUCCCUAGUCGGCCUCCCGCAGCGCGAAGCGACAUUCUACCACCGCCCGAAGCUCGGCACCAAGGCCAGCCUCCUCUACACGCUUAGCGACCUAGGCGUCGUCGGCGCCGUCAACCCGGCCAGCGGCGAGGCGGUGUGGCGCCAUCGACUCUCCGACGACGACGACGACUUCUCCGGCAGCCCCGCCGGGCACCUGCGCGCCCCCGCGGACGAGGAGUGGGUGGUGACCGCCCAGGGCCCCCGCGUCCAGGCGUGGAAUGGCUUGACGGGCCGGAGCGUCUGGUCGGCCGAGUUUUCGGGCGAGGCCCGGGACGUCGAGGUCGUCGAGGUGACGGAGACGUCGCGCAAGGACGUGCUGGCGCUGUUUGACGAGGACGGCACCACCGUCCUGCGGCGCCUCCACGGCGGCCAGGGCACCGUCAUGUGGGAGUUUCGCGAGACGACCAAGGAUGUCCCCCUCCAAGUUUCGACCGACAUCGCGAACAUUUACAUUGUCAGCCUGCACGGAUCGCCCUCCUCGUACAGCGUGAAGACGACCUCGGUGGACCCUAGCAACGGCAAGCGCGUGGAUCAAUGGACCGUCGGUACCAAGGGCGACGUUGCGUCGCCCGAGGACGUCAUGUUUGUUGGCGGCAACUCCGCUGCUCCAAUCAUCGCGUGGAGGAGCAAGGACAAGCUCAGCAUCCAGAUCCUCGGCACCAAAACGAAGCACGAUAUUGCGCUAGCCUCGGACGUCGAGUUUGUGGACAUCCAGGCGCCCUACCUAAAGGAAUCCCAGGCUCGCUUCUUGGUGCACAUGGCCUCCAACUCCGGAAACAGAGCCGAAGUGUACAGGGUUGACAUCAAGAACGCGCAGAUCAAGAAGACCCACGAGCUGCCUCAGCUGCCAGGUCGCGGCUCCUUUUCCACCAGCUGCGAAGCGGCCAACGUCUACUUUACGAGAAUCACCGAUGACGAAAUCCAAGUCCUCCCCUCCGACUCACACGAAGGUGUUGCGCGAUGGAAGAUUCAAUCCGGCGGUGCCGUGAAGCCAAUUCACUCCGUGUCCGAAGUCAUCCACAAGUCUGGCGGCGAGUAUGCUGUGCGUACUGCCAUUCUCACAGAAGACCACGACUGGAUCCAGAUCCGGAAUGGCGAAAGGGACUGGGUCCGUCACGAAGGACUCAGCGGUAGCGUGGCUGCGGUUUGGGCUGAGAUUCCCGAACAAGAGAACCUGGCCAAGGUCCUCGCUGCAGAGGUCGAUGCUAACCCCAUCAGCGCCUACAUCAACCGAGUUCUGCGCCACAUCGACGAUCUCCAAUAUCUUCCAGGCUACCUGGCAUCUAUCCCUGGUAACAUCCUCGCAAGCAUCGCCGGCGACGAGCCGGCUUCUACCACUGGCGGUCUCUACGCAGACGUUUUUGGUUUCAACAAGAUAGUCGUGCUGGCCACCCGCCGUGGUCGCUUCUACGGUCUUGACACAGGCAACAAGGGUGCAGUCCUUUGGACAAAGAAUGUUUUACCGCAGGCUGCCGGCGAGUCCCUCAAGGUCAAGGGAUUCGCCGUGACCGACGAGACUGGAGUCGUUGCCAUGCGUGGAGCGCGUGGCGAGUCUGUUCUGAUCCGAGCCAUUGACGGUCACAUUGACGAGGCCAAGACGGCCGGCUCUACCACGCCGGUCAUCUCCAGCACCGCCAUUGUCGAGGGUGAGACUUCUGCUUGGCUCCUUGCGCUUGGACCUGACGGGCAUCCUGCCGACGAGACCCUCGGUGGCCAACUUGCCGAUCAGACCUUCAUCGUCCGCGGCGAGGGCGAAUCCGUUAAGGGGAUUAAGAUUGUCGCGGAUGGAAAAAAGACCAAGAAGCAGGACAUCUGGGAGGUAAAGGCUGCCGCCGGCCAGCGCAUCGUCGACGUUGCCACGCUGCCCACCCACGACCCCGUAGCGUCCAUCGGCCGCGUCCUCGGCGAUAGGCAGGUCCAGUACAAGUACCUGAACCCCAACACCGCCGUCGUCGCCCUCAUUGACGACAAGACGUCCGUCCUAUCCGUCAAGCUCAUUGACACCAUCUCGGGCCAGGUGCUUGCCGCCGAGAGCCACGACGGCGUCGACGCGACCAAGUCCAUCUCCUGCACCAUGUCCGAGAACUGGUUCGCCUGCGCCUUCUUCGGGCGCUACCGCCUUGACGACGACUCGGGCCGCUCCAUCCAGGGCUACCAAGUCGUCGUCUCCGACCUGUACGAGUCCGAGGCGCCCAAUGACCGCGGCCCGCUCGGCGACGACGCCCGCUUCUCCGCCCUCGCCCCCGUCGAGGACCCGGUCGCCGGCCCAGCCCUGCCCUUCCUCGCCUCCCAGAGCUGGGUCGUCUCCCAGCCGUUAACGCGUCUCGCCGUGACGCAGACCCGCCAGGGCAUCGCCAGCCGCGGCCUCGUCGCGUACCUGCCCGAGUCGCGCGCCGUCGUCGCCCUGCCGCGCGUGCUGCUCGACCCCCGCCGCCCGGUCGGCCGCGACCCCACGGCCAACGAGAUCGAGGCCGAGGGCCUGCCGCGCUACGCGCCCGCAAUCGAGAUUGACGCCCGCAACGUGCUCUCCCACGACUGGGAGGUGCUCGGUGUUGCUGGCUUCGCUGCUGCGCCUGCUGUUGUGGAGAGCACCAGCCUGCUCGUCGCCUACGGCAUCGACGUCUACGCCACGCGCGUCGUGCCCAGCGGCCUCUUCGACAUCCUCGGCAAGGGCUUCAACAAGCUGACGCUCGUCUCGACAGUGUUGGCGCUCACCGCCGGCGUUUUGUUCCUGGCUCCCAUGGUCCGCCGCAAUCAAAUCAACCGCAGAUGGGAAGCGUUCAUCUAG